CUCACCAACUACUCGCUCCUCAACCAUCAUCUCUCUCUCAAUCAAAAACACUGCCCUCUCUUGCUCCAGAAGGAUAUUGUGGGAUAUGACAAAGGUAUACCCAGCUCGUAACCAGCUCCCCCGGUUGUCAUACAAUCGCUCAUCCGUCGCCGACGACGACUCGUCACCGUCGGAGCAGGUUGUGCUGACGGUGUGGAAGAAAUCGCUGCUCUUCAACUGCAACGGCUUCACGGUGUUCGAUGCCAGAGGGAACCUGGUGUUCAGGGUCGACAACUACAUGGCAGCCUCCGGCAGCAACGGCGAGAUCCUUCUGAUGGACGCCGCCGGCAAGCCUCUCCUCACCAUCCGCCGCAAGAGGAUGAGCCUGACGGAUAGUUGGCUGGUGUUCGAGGGAGAAACGACGACGAAUCCCAAGUUGUGCGUCAGGAAGAAAGUACUCAAUUCCAAAUGUUUGGCACAGGUGAGCCGUUGCGGCAGCAACAACAGCAACAUAGCGUACGAGAUAGAAGGAUGUUAUGGUCAGAGAUGUUGUACAAUGUACGAUUCCAAGAGGCGGAUCGCGGCGGAGAUCCGGCAGAAGGAGGCGGCGUUCGGCGGUGGUGUUGCUUUUGGGUUUGAUGUCUUCCGCCUCGUUGUUCGCCCCAACAUGAUCGACACUCCUUUGGCGAUGGCUUUUGUUAUCCUUCUCGACCAGAUGUUUGGGUCUUCCAAACGCUCUCCUCUUUCUUCGCCUCGUUAAUUACCGAGCUUUGUUUUUUUGGGGGGAAAAAUCAAUCCAAACGUAACAGUACACAGUGACAGUACAUUUAAAUUUUCUACAGUAAUUAGUAUGUAAUUUAGUUCUAUACUAUCAUAGAGUGAUUGGCUUCUUCUUUUUCCCCCAUAGAGUUAUUUAUUUAAUGGAUCUAUUUUGAGAAUCUUUUCUUUUA